AUGGAAUACCCACUCAGGCCCAAGUUAUACAGCCUCAGCCCUAUGGAACAAGAAGAACUCAAGAAGUUUAUUGACAAAAGUCUCAAGAAGGGAUUUAUUAGAGAAUCCAAAUCACACAUGACAUCCCCAUUCUUCUUCAUUAAAAAGAAAAAUAGAAAACUAUGGCCAUUACUAGAUCUCUCAAUAGAUGUGGAAUAUUUCUCGCUAGUGAACAUCAAUACAGGAUAUAACAACAUACUCAUCAAUGAAAAGGACAUCCACAAAGCAGCAUUUGCAACAAACUUGGAAAUGUAUGAACCACUGGUGAUGUAUUUUGGCCUAACCAACUCAUCAGCAACAUUCCAAACAAUGAUGAACUUGUUUUUUUAA